AUGUUCCCGAGCCCCGUGACCAGCACCCCCUUCUCGGUCAAGGACAUCCUGAACCUGGAGCAGCAGCAGCAGGGCGGGCUGGCGCCCAUGGAGCUGCCGCCGCUCGGCUCGCCCUCCUGCCUGCUCGCCGCCUGCAAGCAGGAGAGCUGCGGCGCCGAGGCCCUGGCCGAGCCGCUGGCCGAGCCGCAGCCCCUGCCCCGCAGCGCCUUCCCCGGCGCCUGCUACGCCAAGAGCUACGUGGAGAUGGGUCCGGCCAAGGAGCCCGCGCUGGACAAGAAAGAGCUGUGCUCGCUGCACAGGAGCCUUGAGCAGAAGAGCGAGCUGGACGAUGCCGAGCGGCCCAGGCAGAGGAAGAGGAGGAAACCGCGCGUGCUCUUCUCUCAAGCUCAGGUCUACGAACUGGAGAGGAGGUUCAAGCAGCAGAAGUACCUCUCGGCGCCGGAGAGAGACCAUCUGGCAAAUGUCCUAAAGCUCACCUCGACGCAAGUGAAAAUUUGGUUCCAGAACAGAAGGUACAAGUGCAAAAGGCAGAGGCAGGACCAGACGCUGGAGCUGGUGGGGAUGCCGCCGCCGCGGCGCAUAGCGGUGCCCGUGCUGGUGCGCGACGGGAAGCCCUGCCUGGGGGACGCCUCUGCCUACAGCUCGCCCUACAACGUGAGCAUCAGCCCCUACAGCUACAACGCCUACCCUGCCUACCCCGGCUACAACAGCCCUUCCUGCAACGGCAACUACAACUGCAGCUACCCGUCCGUGCAGGGCGUGCAGCCCGCGCCGGCCGCCAACGGCUUCGUGAACUUGGGCGUCGGGGACUUGAAUUCGGUGCAGGCGCCGCUGGCGCAGGGCGGCGCGGGGCUGCCCACGCUGCACGGCAUCCGCGCCUGGUAG